CCCCUUCCUGCCCACUGUCACUUUAACCCCCCUCGCCUACAGGGCACUUCUACCCCCUUCCUGCCUACAGGGCACUUCUACCCCCUUCCUGCCUACAGGACACUUCUACCCCCUUCCUGCCUACAGGACACUUCUACCCCCUUCCUGCCUACAGGGCACUUCUACCCCCUUCCUGCCUACAGGGCACUUCUACCCCCUUCCUGCCUACAGGGCACUUCUACCCCCUUCCUGCCUACAGGGCACUUGUACCCCCUUCCUGCCUACAGGGCACUUCUACCCCCUUCCUGCCUACAGGGACACUUCUACCCCCUUCCUGCCUACAGGGCACUUGUACCCCCUUCCUGCCUACAGGACACUUCUACCCCCUUCCUGCCUACAGGGCACUUGUACCCCCUUCCUGCCCAACAGGGCACU